AUGGCUGACAAUGUGAGCGUACCGGUUUCUGACCUCAACCCUACCGAGGGGAAGCCGGUGUGUGGGAGCGGCGACGAGGUCGGCGAGUAUGACCUCGGUCUGCACGUUGCCGCGCUUUUCUUGGUCAUGGCCGCAUCAGUUCUUGGUGCUGGCUUUCCAGUCGUCGCCAAGAAGGUCAGCUGGGUCAAAGUCCCGACCAAGGUCUUCUUCGUCUGCAAGCAUUUCGGAACUGGCGUCCUCAUUGCUACCGCAUUUGUUCACCUUCUUCCCACUGCCUUUGGUAACCUGACCGACCCAUGUCUUCCCGAUCUCUUCACCGACCAGUACCCGGCCAUGCCAGGUGUCAUCAUGAUGGCCUCCAUGUUCUGUCUCUUCGUUCUGGAAAUGUGGCUCAACGACAAGCUGGGCGGUCACUCGCACGGCGGUCCAACAGGCUACGAGCAAUCGUCGACCCCGGCGAUCACGGUGACCGCCCCGAGCGGUCUCAUCUCCCCUCCACAGCCGGCCAACCCGAACCCCCCGCCGCGGCCCCCCCGCUACACGGCCGCCACCGACUUUGAGACCGACUACUACGACGACGUCGAGUACGAAAAGAAGAUGGCGCAAAGGGCAUACGACGAAAAGAUGUACGAGGUGCGCCGCGAGUACCUCUACGACUCGGACAAGGACAUCGAGAUUCGCUCCGACAUGCCCGCCUGGUUCGUCGUCUUCUACGAGCAGUACGUGCGCCAGAAGCUAGAUAUGAUGAACACCAUCCGCACCCUCGAAAAGAAGCUCUCCGAACAGGCAUACAGCCGCCGCCGCACCAUGAUCGGCAACCCGGGCCCCAUCGCCAUGACCACUGCCCCGCCCCCGCCCCCUCCUCCCCCAGCCCCCGCGGUCGUCGAUUCCCCUUAUAUCGAUGUCGAAACCGGCCAGCCCGUCGAUCCGCAAGUGUACAAGCGCAUGUCGAUGAACAUUACCCUGCUCGAAGGUGGUAUCCUGUUCCACUCGGUCUUCGUCGGCAUGACCAUCUCCAUCACGAUCGACGGGUUCAUCGUGCUGCUCAUCGCCAUGCUCUUCCACCAGGCGUUUGAGGGGCUGGGUCUGGGCUCGCGCAUUGCGGCGGUGCCCUAUCCGCGCGGCAGCAUCAAGCCGUGGUUGUUGGUACUCGCGUUCGGCACGACGUGCCCAAUUGGCCAGGCAAUUGGGUUGAUUGCGAGGGAUGCGUAUGAUCCAAAUAGCGCGUUCGGAUUGAUCAUCGUUGGUGUGUUUAAUGCGAUCUCGUCCGGUCUCCUGCUCUACGCUGCGUUGGUCGACCUCCUGGCUGAGGACUUCUUGUCGGAGGAGGCGAGGCAUACGUUGACCAAGAAGGAUCGCACGUUGGCCUUUAUUUGCGUCCUUCUCGGAGCUGCUGGCAUGUCCGUUGUCGGCGCCUUUGCGUAA